AUGCCUGUCAAAUCUGCCUCCUACAUGGAGACGUCCGGCGAUGACUCGGCCGCAGACUCACAAAUCAACUACAAUGACGCCAUCUCCUACUGGUCCUCGGUUCCCGCAUCGGUAAACGGAGUUCUUGGUGGUUUUGGAGAGCAGACUCCAGUUCCAAAAGCCGACAUUGUUGGAUCUCUGACCUUCUUGAGAAAGUUGCAGACCAGGAUGGUCUGUCCACCCGGAUACGAGAAGUUGACCAUCGAUAUGGGUGCUGGAAUUGGCAGAAUCACUCGAGACUUGUUGUGGAAAGUCAGUGAUCGUUGCGACCUUCUCGAGCCAGUCAAGCCGUUCGUGGAGCAAAUGCGCCUGGAAAUGGUAGCUGUGGCUAACAAGGGCAAGUUAGGGGACAUCUACGAUAUUGGCAUGCAAGACUGGUCUGCUGGUCCCAAGACUGGCAAGUACUGGUUGAUUUGGUGUCAAUGGUGUGUGGGACAAUUGCCAGACCACGAGUUGGUGCAGUUCUGGAUCAGAUGCAGAGAAGCGUUGAUCGAGGGAGGCGUGGGUACGUUGAUGGUCAAGGAGAAUAUCGCGCCUGUGGAGGAUGUGUUCGACGAAACUGAUCUGUCUGUGACCAGAACCGACGAGAAGUUCAGACAGUUAUUCCAAGCCGCAGGCUUCAAGCUCAUUGCUAGUGAUGUCCAGAAGGGCCUUCCAAAGGAGCUUUUCCCGGUCCGCAUGUACUGCUUGAAGGCUCAAUGA